AAUUCCAAAAUACGUUUAUGUUUGCGCGAAUCAUUUUUUGACUGACUGUUUUGAGAACGAGGGUCAAUUCAAAGCAGGUCUUGCUUCAAAGUUAAUCCUCAAGUCUGGAUCGUUGCCUACUGUUCGCGAUGCAACGUCACCUUCAGAAGAAGUAAGUGUAUUUCAUGUUUUUUUAGAAAAUAGUCAUUUCAGUCGAUGUCAGCCAGUUCAAUAACAAAUGCGUCUAAAGUUGUUGUCGUCGUCGUAGAAAAUCUGACUGUGUAUAUAAUGUAAACCUUGUUUGUAAAGUGUGUAUCCACACGUAUAUAAUUUUUUAAAGAUAUUGUAUUAAAAACCGUGUAUGUUUUCUGUAAAGACAAGACAUCAAAAUUGCUAUGUUUAUACAAAGGCCAGCACAUCGACACGAAGCUGUAGAACGAGGGAUAUUGGCGUGCAGACAGAAACAUCAAAGCUAUGCAGUGUUGGUACACAACUGUCAAUGAGGACGCUUCAAACACACCACAGGAGUGUCUGUGUCCAGACAGAGACAACAUUGUCAAGUUUUGAUGUUAGCACAAAAUUAGUUUCUCAUACAGCUGUUGCGUCUUCCACGCCCCUCAAGACUUCAUCAAAAAGACCUUGUCUGGACCUUGAGGAAGAUGAAGAUAUCCUGCAGGAAUGCUCUUCAAUACUAACAUCACAAGAGACUGAUGUCACAUUUAAUCCUGCAGAGGCAGACACAUCAAUAACAGAGCCAAAAGACUUGUCAGCUCAAGAAUCCAGCCCUAUUCAAAACAUUUGUAAAUAUAUUGUCUAUGAGACCUGCAUCAUGGAACUGUUUGAUGUGUGCCCGGUAUGUCAUAGAAGCUGUCAUAUAAGAUCACAAAGGAUUGGAACAUUUCUACGUGUUGAACAACUCUGCCACCAUUGUCAGUUCUCACGGAAAUGGAACAGUCAGCCGAUUUUGGGCAGUACUCCAGCUGGAAACCUUCACCUUUCUGCUGCUGUGUAUCUCAGUGGUGCUUCAUUUUUCACAAUUGAAAAGAUAUUUGCAGCUAUGAAGUUACAUCUUUUCAAGUACGACACCUUUCGUCGUCAUGCACGAAUGUGCAUUGAGCCUGCUAUUGUUUACAAAUGGAGAAACUGGCAGGAUGAGAUGCUACAGCUGUUGGCUCAAAGGGAAAAGGUCAUUGUUGGAGGAGAUAUGAGGGCUGACUCACCAGGGCACUCUGCCAAAUAUGGCAGUUACACAAUGAUGGACCUGGAGACAAACACCGUUGUUGAUGUACAACUCGUCCAGAGUAAUGAAGUGGGAGGAAGUUACCACAUGGAAAAGGAAGGUUUGAAGAGAGGUCUUGACUUUUUGGAUGCUCAUGGAGUGACUCUGGACUGCAUUGUGACUGACCGACAUCCGCAAAUACAAAAAUUCCUCAGGGAACGCAAUAUCAACCAAUUCUAUGAUGUCUGGCACAUAGAGAAAGGAAUUUCAAAGCAGCUGGAAAAAGUGUGCAAGCUAAAGGGUUGUGAGAAAAUACGUAAAUGGUUGCAUAGUAUAAAAAACCACAUCUAUUGGACUGCUGCAUCAUCAAGCAGUGGACCUGAAAGAGUGGCUAAAUGGAUGUCUAUGCUAAACCACAUGCAAAAUAAGCACACACAUGAAGACAGCAAUUUUCCAGCAUGUCUACAUGGAACAAGGAGAAGUCGAGACACAAAAAAGUGGCUAGCUGCUGGAACACUGCCAUGUCUCAAGUUGGAGAAAGUUCUCUCCAACAAGAGAAUUGUGAAGGAUGUUGCCAAGCUAAGUCCACACUAUCAGACUUCUUCUAUCGAGGUUUUCCACAGUGUAAUACUACGGUUUACACCAAAAAAUGUGGUUUUUCCAUUUCUGGGAAUGUUGUGCAGACUAUACCUGGCUGCACUACAUUACAAUGAGAAUGCCGGGCGUCCUCAAGCCACGACAGCAGCUGGUCGACCGGUGUUCAAAGUGACCUUUCCAAAGGCCAAGAAGGGAGAAUACCGGGUCAGAGAAGUAAAGACACAAGCAACAUUCAAAUAUGUGGAUGACCUGCUGGACCUCAUAUUUGAUAAAGUCUUUGUGGAUCCUGCACCAUAUGUGGAUGAUGUUUUGAGGAUACCAAUACCACCAGCAUUGUGCGCAGAGUAUGACCGGCCAGAGAAGGAGGAGGCCAUCUCUAGUAGGGUAUCUCGGUUUAAUCAAUAGGUGGUCGAAAACCUACAUAACUACCCUGGGCAUCAGGAAACUCUCUUCGAAUCCUCAGGACCACACAGGAUGGAAUCACAACUCGAACUUUUCGUCCAAGGAAACCCCAGCACCAGCUCACAAAACUCCGAUAAGCUAAAAAUCUGUAACGACUAAGGCACACACACACAUAGCCACGUUCUCAAAACAGGGUUCAAGGAUUUUUCUGUGUUUUUUUUUCUUUCAAAUAUCUAUCAUUUGUUGUCUGGAGUUGAAAUAUUUGAUAUUUAAUUGAUCAUGGUUCAAUUUUUUUUGGAGGAAUGUCCUUUUAUUAAAAUUAUUUAAUUUCUAAACUUAUUUGUACAGUUCAGUGUCUUUAUACAUAAUGUAAAUAAAAAAAUGUAUAUGCAA